AACAUGGUUUCCUUGAUGACUGGUCUGUGGCAACUAAUUAUUCCCAUGAUUGUUCUAUCACACUUCUCUGCAUCUCUUCCAUCCCGGGAGAGGACUGAGAGACAUGCUGAUGGGCUCUUCCACAGUGAGCUCAGCAAGAUGAAUGGCAAUGCCUACGUGCAGCAGCUAGUCAAGCACCUGGUAGGCCUCAAGGAGAGGUCCCAGAGGCACUCAGAUGGUCUGUUUACCAGUGAAUACAGCAAGAUGAGAGGAAAGGCUCAGGUUCAGAAAUUCAUUCAAAAUCUCAUAGGCCACAAGCGCAGCUCUCCAGGCCCAGUCAAUACAGAUGUGGAGGGGAGAGAGGAAGAAAACAGCCAUGAGGAACUUUGCUUUAUGUGGCUGUAUCAGAGUUUUCUAAACACCAG